AUGGAUUUAUAUAAAAAAUCGAAUUAUUUAAAUAAACUUUAUUUUUUUAUUAUUUUUAAUUUAAUCUUUAUAACAACAACAACUAUCAGUAAUCAUCAAGGUAUUGUAAAUGGGUCAAUUGUAGUGUUUAAUACCACAGCAAACUGCUAUAUAUCGGGACAAGUAUGUGAUUUAGGCGAUUCAAAUAAUUGGUCCAAUGGAACUCUACCAAAGAUGGGUGAUGAUAUAUUGAUAGACUAUAGCAAUGUACCAUUGGUCGAUAGUAGACCAAACUAUGUCAAUUUGUUGGCCUAUAAUAAAAGCAUGCUUUCGCAAUUAACAUUCAAUUCGAUCACUCUUAUCGGAUCAAGCGAAAUAAAGACCCAAUUGGCAUUAUCCAAUGUAUCGAUGACAAUAACAACAAAUAUAAAAGUAUUGGACCAAUCGACUUUUUCAAUGUCCGAUCACUCAAGAAUGUUUGUUAAAGGCCAAAUACUAGUAGAGCAAGAGUCUCAAUUCUAUCCAUCGGGUGCAUUACAAAUUUCGGAUUCUCUUUCAAUUUUAAACAAUAGUACUAUAGGAUUUAGCGGUAAUAAAACUCAAUUAUCCACCAACAGCUUCAAUAUUGACGAAUACUCUAUAUUUAAAGUAUAUGACCAAAUCUUUCAAUCAGAUCAACCAUUUUUAUUUGUACAAGGUAAAGCAUGUGUAUUGUUGGGUAAAUUAGUUAUUUAUUUCGAUUCUCUAAGUGAACCAAAGGCCAAUUCCGAAUAUAAAUUAAUUCAAGUUACAAAUGAAGCAAUCCUAAAUACUACUUUUACUGCUGGAGUUCAAUUUUUAUUUGAUGAUCAUGAAAAGAGUGAUGUUAAAUAUCAGCUUCAAAUUGAAAACAAUGGUAUUUUAACAUUAGAGUUUCAUAACUCUAAACUUCCUUUAUGGAGCAUUCUUUUAAUAAUAUUAACUAUCUUUAUUGUAGUUGGUUUAAUAUCUAUUGUUAUUUAUAUAGUUAAUGAUAGAAGAAAAAACAAAUUAAAUAACAGUAUCAACAAUAACAAUAAUAUUAAUAGUAGUGAAAAAGUUGACAUUCACACACCAUUAAUCAAAUAA